CUAGCUUUGCACAGCGAGAGGUUAGAGAAUUAGGCCCCAGGUAACAGUCUCGUCAUUGAUAUGUAGAUAGAAUAAAUGUUUAACAAGGUCUCCUGAUCCAGAUAUCCAACAACUGAAUCACCCGUCUCGUGGCAGCCAUUUUGUUGUGUUACCUGUCUGUUGAUUGCGGAGGUGUCCCUCUGUGACUGUCAUGGAAAUGGUUCCACAAGUCAUCUAAAUAAUCAGAUCCUGACUACAAACAUAAAUCCACCAAGUCGUCAACACCAGAAUCUGAACAUGAAUCAGCCAAAUCAACAAUUCCAGGCUAUAAACGUGGAUACGCCAAGUCACCAACACCAACCAAGUCAUUAACUCCGGACCAUGAACAUGUAUUAGCCAAGUCAUCAACUCCAGACCAUGAACAUGUAUCAGCCAAGUCAUCAACUCCAGACCAUGAACAUGGAUCAGCCAAGUCAUCAACUCCGGAACAUGAACAUGUAUUAGCCAAGUCAUCAACUCCGGACCAUAAGCAGGAUCAGUCAAAUCAUCAACUCUAGACUGAACAAAUUGCCCACAUGAUCAACCCCAAACUAAGAACAUGUUUCAGUAAAUAACAAAAGUGAUCAAUUCCCAACUAUAAACACUAUUUCAGCAAAGUUGUCCAAGUCAUCAACUCACGACUAUGAACAGUAUUUAGCAAACUCGUCCACAUGGUAAACGCCAUAUGUCUAAAAUAUCCAUAGACAUAGACAUUCAGAAGACAUUUAAAGGAAACACUUGAAGAAUCAUCGCAAGGUUCUGCUAAAGACGUCUCAGAUAUGAAUACACGAAUGCCAGUAGAUAAAUAUGUGUCAUUUAGAGAACAACCUGUGAACAGAUUUUAGCAAAGUUGUCCAAGUCAUCAACUCCUGACUAUGAACAUGGAUCAGCCAAGUUAUCAACUCCAGACUAUGAACAUGAUCAAGAGAAGGCAUACAUGGGAUCAACUCCCGACUAUGAACAUGGAUCAGCCAAGUCAUCAACUCCCGACUAUGAAUAUGAGUCAGCCAAGUCAUCAACUCCCGACUAUGAACAUGAUUAAGAGAAUUCAAACAAGGAAUCAACUCCAGACUAUGAGCAUGGAUCAGCCAGGUCAUCAACUCCAGACUAUGAGCAUGGCUCAACCAAGUCAUCAACUCCCGACUAUGAACACGAUUAAGAGAAGUCAUACAAGGGAUCAACUCCAGACUAUGAGCAUGGAUCAGCCAAGUCAUCAAUGCCAGACUAUGAACAUGGAUCAGCCAAGUCAUCAACUCCAGACUAUGAGCAUGGAUCUGCCAAGUUAUCAACUCCAGACUAUGAACAUGGAUCAGCAAACUAGUCCAAGUAAUCAACUUCAGACUAUGAACAGUAUUCAGCAAACUCGUCCACAUGAUAAACGCCAUGAGUCUAAAAUGUCCCUAGACGUUCAAAAGACAUUUGAAAGAAAAACUGAAGAACCAUCGCAAGGUUCUGCUAAAGAUGUCUCAGAUAUGAAAAUACGAAUGUCAGGAGAUAAAUACGUGUCAUUUAGAAAACAAGCUGUGAAAGACUGUGAUGAAUAUUAUCCAGAUUGUGACAAAAAGACAUAUCGCGUUCCACCCAUGACCACUGAGUCGAAAAGAGUAAUAGAAAAGCCAAAUGAUGAAUACAGUGUCAUUAAAGAGAGGAAUGAGGAGAAUGACAAGGGACAACAUAUGACGUUAGAGGUAUGCCAUUCACUGGAGGAUUUAAAAUGCAUUCAUGGUAAAGAUCAGCCAAUGUUUAUAAUAACUAACUAUGAAUUUGAAAAUUAUUUAAAAGGGUUAAAAACUAAACUGUUUCCAGGAACUGAUAUUUUGCCCCUGGAAUCAGGUGAACACGAUAUUCUUCUUCUACAUUUACAGCAUGGAGCAGUAUUUAUACAAGUGAAAGCAGUUGAAGAAUGUAAACCCGAAGCAACUAAACAACAACGUGAUAACCGCAAUAAAAUGAUAAGGAGACGUGUGGAAGAGGGGCUCAAACAGCUGGACAGCGAUGUUAAAAUGUUCCGUCAUAUCAUGAAGGAUCUUGGCUUAAACAUUCCUGUAACCAAAGUGUUAGCUUUGCCUAAUAUCAAUAAAACAUACAUAUCAAAGCUAACCACCACAGUGCAGUUGCUGAAGUGUCAUCUGGGAGAAAGAGCACUUGACGUAUGCCUAUUUCGUAAGCACAUUAACAUUAACAGGGCAAAUACAGCUGAAAACCAGAGCAAACGGGAGAAGUUACUGGAAUGGUGGAAGUGUAACAUCAGUUGCAAGCCAGGUUUUCGUAAUGGAAAUGAGUAUAGGCAAGUGAUUGGAAGAUAUGUCGGCCUCAUGUCCACGGUACAAUUGAGAACAUUUGGAGAUGCAGUUGCUGAGGAAGGGUAUCAGAACAUGAGGAUCAUUCUCACACCAGAACAAGUAGAAAUUCUACAUUCAAAUGACAAAAAGGUAUAUAUUCAAGGGAGGUUUGGAACAGGUAAAACAAUUCUUCUGAUUCUUAAAGCCAGGCAGUUGGUAAAAGAAGGACAGCCCGUAUUAAUGGUCUGUGGAAGAUCAACAAAAGUAUUAACAUAUCUUGUUGCAUGUGUUAAAGCUGACUUGACUGAAGAACAGAAACAACUGGUCCAUUACAUCACAGAUUACAAAACUAUUCACUCACUGAAUUCCUUAGAGCAGUACAAUAUGUUUGUUGAUGAAUGCAAUAUUUCUACAGUUUGCUAUGUCAUGGACUACUGUUGCAAAAACACCAAACUGUGUUGGUUGGCUGGAAGAUAUGUCCCUCACAUAAAAGAAUUAACCGUGAAAAACCUUAGUAAGGUAUUACGAUUGUCUGAUAAAGUAAAAACUGUUUGCGAUGAGUUAGACGAAGACAUGCUGUGUGAUUUUGUGAAAUCAAAUGCAUUUCCUAUUAUCAAUCAUUCAUGCCAUGAGGAAGCUGAAGCCAUAAGGACCAAUGGAAAUGAAUGUUUGUUUGACAGAAGUACUAUUUGGAGAUGCAUGCAGUGCUGGGAACAGAUCGUAGACAUUUUCGUGCAGCUUGGGUUAAUGAAAAGAAAUCCAAUAAAAUCUAGCCUUCAAACAGUUCCUACAACAGGUACAGGUCCAACUGGAGAAGUUAAAAAGAAAAGAUUUAACCAGUGCAACACAUGGACAAAGGAACUGCACAUCAUCACUGGACCCCAAAAUCCUCUAGCAUGGUCAGAUGUUGUCAUUCUUCUUCCUCACGGCAGCUUUAUUACUAUCAAGGAUAUUGAAGCAAUUGACCAAAUAUCUCUUAAAUAUGGGAUACCACUGAACUACUUUCUUCUUAGAGGCUGUGCAACUGCAGAAAACAUUUCUGACUCAAAUCGAUGGACAGAGACUGAUGAUGAGGACAUUUUACUGGGGAAGAGAAAUGAAAUUGUUAUUUGUCAUGUUUCUCAGUUUCUUGGACUAGAGAGAAAAAUAGUCAUAGCAGUUGAGUUGGAGAAUGUCACCUGCAAUCGGGAAAUGUCAGACUGGACCUCAAUGAUUGAUGUGAAAAACAUAUUAACUCCCUGCCACUUACCCAGUGUUCUGUCUAAUCUCGAGGAUUAUCAUCUACUUUCAGAUAUGCUGGAACCCCGUUCUGUCCUUUCACAACUAUUGCUGUUGUUAGCAGAUACCUAUACAGGUGAUAGUGAUGCCAAAAACAAUACAUUAUGUACAAUAAAAGUUCGUAUGUCAUGUUUUUUUAAACUCAUGACCAUCAUUGCCGAUAUGGGAUUUUUCAGCAAGUACAAGAAUAAAGUUAAGGCAAUUUUAGAAACCUGCUUCCCAAGUCAAAUUCCUAAUACAAUUAUAAGUCUGCUAACAGUGCUGACAAAAGAAUCAGUGUUUUCAUCUGAACCAGAUCUGUUGAAGAACUUAGAACGUUGUGCAUACAAGAAACUGCAGGUAGAUUCCAGACAUUUCCCCUCGACCAUCAAAGGUUUCAUUGUUGUCUUCAAUAUAGUGGCCGCUUUUGUAUACAGUGGGUUACUGAAAGUCAUUUGCACAAACUUUGUUAAAAUGGAAUCGUUCCAUUCUGCAAUAUCCAGAAGUACAUCACAAGUGUUUGUUUGGAGUUUGGAGAUGUGACCCAUAUUUUUUAGCUAUCUCAUCGAGGGAUGUUUAUUUAACGAGACCUCGUCUCAUUGGUCGACCAGCAACAAUCGGGAUUUAAGCUUAUUUGUAUUGUUUAAGUUAGUUAACUUCUUAUGAUAGUGUAUCUAUAUGCAACAUUGUUUAUCAUUUAAGACAUUUCACAUAUUUAUAUUAUACUAUGAUUUAUGAGUGUAUGAUUUUAGAAUUAAUUUUAAAAUGUUAAACAUAUAUAUUAUCAUUGGUUAUACAUAAUCGUAGCAAUAUAUGUAGUGAGAAUUAAACGUUCUUAUGCAUACACGAUCAUCUGCAACGUUGAAUUCAGAAACGACUUUACAUCUUUUUUAAUAUGGAUACAAACCUGGUCUCCUACGAACGUUGUAAGAAACUGGUGUUUUGCCAUGUUCUAAAACAAUUCUUCGGUGACUACUCUGAUGUCAGUCGUGAUACUGUAUUUUGGUGGUGCUUAUACACGUUCGUGAUUUUGAUGAAUACAAAACUCAACUGAAUGUGUGUCCCGGUGAGGUAUAUCACAGGUGGAGCAGAUACUGUACAUUGAUGGACACGGUUAGCAUCAGUGUUUUCAACGAUAUCAACGAGUGCAACUGGAUUAACAGUUAAAUGUGUAUGUGGUCAUUAAUUGUGUUGAAUGGAAACACAUGCACAUUGCAACAGCUGACUUGUAUAAUGUGCUGACCUGUUUUAUCCAGUGUACAUACGAUAUCAAUGAGUGCGAUUGGUUUAACAUGGUGUGUUUGCAUGCAGCCCAUACCUUGUUGAUAAGUACACAUUGACAUAGUGACAGGUAUCUUAUGCAAUGUACCAUUUGUAUUAAUUUUGUGAGCAUAUAGGUGUUCAAAAAGUAGGGGUGUCAUGAUACACCUACCUUAAGAUAUGAUACGUAUCACCAUACAUGGCUCGCGGUACUGUACAUGUAUGCAUCAUUAUACCUGGUUUAAAGUGUUUUCCUAGUAAAACAAGAAGUAAACAUAAUAAAAGUGAAACUGAUCAAACACAGAUUUAAUGUCGAAACACCACAUUAUAGACUUUCUGACACAAGCAGGCACAUACCCUAUAUUUUUCCUUGAAGGAAUAAGUCCACAUCAAUACCAAUUUGUGUUGAUAAAUCAAUACAAAACUGACAUAGGAAUUGAUUCACGAUUAAAACAGAAAUCAAUACACGAGCAAGGGUAUUUUGUAUGAUAUCGUCAGCCAUGAUACUCCGAUGGUUUGGGGCAUCGUGACAACCCUAUCACAAAGCACCCACUGCUAUUUUCUAUUUGUUCAGUUACGAAGGUUACAUUUGAUGAAUGAACAUUUACCAAAAUAUCAUACAAUUAGUUUGAUUCACAAGCCUAUAUUUAGUUUAAAAUAUAUUUGUUCAGCUUAAAUUCCCCAAAUAAACCUAUAGAUUAUACUUUUAGGAUGCCAACAACGUUUAUGUUUACCUGUUUACUUUGUUUCACAUUGUCUUUGCCGUGCACUAAAAUGAGUUCUUAUUCGUUGUAUGCACACAAUAUGGUUUGCAGAUUAGUAUUACCUGUAAGUAUUAACACUCGUUAUGAGCGAAUCCAGUUUUGGAUCUUGUGAUGGACAUUUAAUCAGGAACGCUGCAAAUGUCUUGAUACAACCUGAUUACAAUAAGUUAUUAAUAGUUUCCCAAAUCAGACAUCUCAAGAAAGUGUGUGUGUUUGUUUUGUUUAACGACAGCACUGGAUCACAUUAAUAUAUUAACCAAUGGCUAUUCGAUGUCAAAUAUUUGGUAAUUCUGACACAUAGCCAUGUGAGGA